AUGAGUGAAGAGAGGCCUUAUAUUUAUGAAAACUCUGGUCGUGGUGACGGUGGAUUUAUCAUUGCUGAACCCGAAAGAGUAGAAGAAAGAAGCUACGAUACAACGCGAAAAGCUGUGCAUAUUGCUUCUGAUGUCUCUUCUAAAGUCUCUUCUAAAAUUGCUCACGUACACAUUUUUCAAAAUCCUCGUGAAUAUAUCAGACCUGUACUUAAUGGUGUUCAAUAUAUUUGGAACAAUUUUCCUCCUCUUAGUUGGUUCGGUUAUGGAGCCCUUGUUUUAAAUGCUAUUCCUUUAGCAAUUUUCGGUGGUUUUCUACUCGGUACUACGACUUUAGUUUUAAGCAUUGCUGGCGUUGGAGUUUUUCUUGCUGAAGGUUUCUUUUUCGGUCUUGGUUUAAUUUUCCUUGUUCCUGUGGGUGCUGUGAUGUGCUUCGCUGCUUUAUCUACUGCUUUUUUUACUACUUUUGGUUAUUGUGGUUUUCGUGGAUUGUGUUUUAUUCUUCGUAACCUUGGUAUUCUCGCUGAGGAAGUUGCUAUGGAUGCUAAUGCUGCUAUUAAAGGUGCAAAAAAAGCUUUGGAGGAAGAAGGUUAUGGAAGAGAAAGUAGUCAAUAG